AUGAGUAAUAACAGAGGAACGGCAGUGGUCCAAGUGUUGCGACGCAUUGAGCUCCGGAACGUGCAGCUUCUUCGUCUGGCAUCCGUACCGAUUGUCGACGCGGAUUUUAUACAGUUCUGAGAAGCAUACGACGAGGUACAACGUGCGCUGCUCGGAGCCUGUGAUUCUCUGUCUACUGCCACAACGGACUAUCAACGGCAAAGGACCAUUUCGGAGUUGGAACUGCGGGUUGAAUCCCUGAAACGGCAGAAGGUGAGCUGUGUGAGGAACAUUUCCAAAUUCAACGAAACCCGGAAGGACCUAACGAGCCCAUUGCUGAAGAAAACCGUGGAGCAGUGCCUGAAAAAUGCUGUAACGCACUUGGUCCGCUUUCACGGCUCGUUUCGAGAGCAAACCGAAACCGAGAUUGGAUCUCUCGACGAUAUCUACCAAAUUGCUGAGUUGAAGCAGCGGCUCUCUAGGACCGAUUUUCUACACCAAGUCGUUUGCAAGAACCAUUUGAAUUGUUUGCACGCUCUUCGGCAGGACGGCAUUGAGCUCACACUCGCUCUGUACUGCGUCCUGUUACGGUCGCAGGCCAACUCCUUUUUCGUUCUCAUUCUGGUGCAGUUCAAGGAGUUACUGGAGAUAAUGGACAGCGAGGAGGGUAGCAGCUCGGUCCAAAACCGACUUCAGGAGGAAAUUCAGCGCACCUUGAACGAAAGCCGCGAAGACGAGCAGGAGAUUUUGGAGCUACGCAAGAAUCUGUUUUCUUCAGCCCUCAGCCUGACGACGCAACGGGACACUGCUAUCGAGCAGCGUGAUCAACAGGCGGCCGGUCUUGAGGAGCAGGUUCUGCAGAUCGAUCAGCUCGAGAGCGAACGGAAUCAAAUUGAGGAACGUGUUGGGCAACUCAUCGGAGCACGGGAAAGCAUCCAGCGCCAACUGGAGGACUGGCAAUGCCUGCUACGGAGUAGCAUACGUGACAUCACCCGUUUGGAGAAGCUGAUUGAGAUGCUGGAGCGAGAGAUGUUGUACCGCAAGGAACAAUAUCAGCGAGAAGCUCUCGUGCUGCAGCAGAAGCGUCUCGAGAUUCUGGAAGAUGCCGAUUUGGCCACAGAAGAAAGGAACCAGCGGCUGAGUGCGUGGGAUGUAGAACUAAUGAAGCAUAAAAAAUCGCACGAAAGCAACAUCGAUGUGCUAGAAGCACAGUGUGAUAAACUUGAAACAAUGAGUAAAAACUUGAUCGGCAACACGGAUACCCUCAGGGCCGCAAUGGAAGACUUGGAACGUCAAAAGCAGAAGGUAAAGACCGUAUCACAGUUAAGCCUCCUCGAUGCGACUGCACGCAACAAACAUGAGGAGUACGACCGGAGUGUGGCCAUGGUGGAACGCGCUCGAGUUAGAACCGAAUAUCAGACGGACGACCACGGACGCUACUACCUGAACGAUGCAGGAGUAAGAAUCUAUCAGCGGCACUCUGGUUCAACUGAUUAUCGGCUAGGGGACGACGGUCAGACGAUAAGAGCUUCGGACGCCACCGACAGCCCGAGGAAACAAACUUCAGGAGCAACCGGCAGCCCCCGGACAUCAACUUGCGAGGCGCCAUCCAAUGAAUCUAUGAGCGGAGUUCGCACACCAUCCUCUUUGGCAAAUGACUUAAGCAACAGUUCCAAAUCGAAACCCAGGCAUUCUGACGAAAAAGCUAGUCAGUCGUCUUCGGUAGUGUUUGAGUCGGAGUCGGAAAUUUUGCGCAAACGAGUAGCGGCCGAUGUCGCUUACGCAAUAGAAGCGGUAGGUUUGCCGGUACGCAAGGGUAUGGCUGCCGUUGCUUUGAACCGCCCAACCGAUCCAGUGGAAUAUUUGGCAGAAUAUUUGAAAAUGUACCGAGAAAAUAGCAUCGUUGCUGUGAAGCGCCGAGAACUAACCGAGAAUCUUCAGUGA